AUAGCACUCCCAUCUUCAGCGUUUAUUUUGGGCUUUAUUUUAAAUUAGCUAAACUUUGCAUGGCUGAGAACAACACUGCGAUGAUUUCCUGAUUAUUUCUGAGCUUAUUCAUGUCACGACGUUCUACAACUUACCGCAUUACAGCGCAAACUGUAUUUGUACCCGUUUAAUGUGACAUCGAAACAACAACAACAACAGCCAUUUAACCUAUCUGCACUUCUGUGGGCCACACAGUUGUUACUUCCUCGCUUCUCAUUCAGCUUAAGGGGAUAGGCUAGGUUUCUGGUCAGUAAGAGGAGAGCGUGGGUUCAAACACCACAUUGGACACAGCUUUUAAGCUUUUGUGGACAACUACUACAUAGUUGGAGAGUUGGAUGAAGGCUGUUAUUUAGGUGAAGUGUUGUGGCAGAAUAGACCGGGAAGCAGUAUGUCAAGUACAAAUGAUGCAGAAGGUCGUGAUCAGCCCAAAAAAUCAAUCAAGCUGACGGACCGCCAGAAAGCCCGCAUAGAACGAAACCGACAGAAGGCCCUUCUGCUAAAACAGGCUCGUGUGGCAAACAGGCCAUACUCUAAAGUAUCACCCCAAAAACUCAAAGGUCAGUCUAAGGUGAUUGACAGUGGGGCAGGGUUUUUUAUAGAGGAAGAUGAAGAAGAGGAGAUGACCACAGAACUUCAGGUGAAGCAUGAGCCAGGUCCUAUUGUGGAAGUGGACAACUUGCUGUGUGAGGAUUGUGAUAAAGAAUUUGUGGAGUCUUAUCUGUACAACAGCUUUGACAAGCUUGUCUGUGACAACUGCAGACAAAAUGAAGACAGACACCCACUCAUAACAAGAACAGAUGCUAAAAACAAGUAUUUGCUGAAAGAUGCUGAUUUUGACAGAAGAGAGCCAGCCUUGCGAUUCAUUCUGCGUAAAAACCCACAUAAUCCUCGAUGGGGAGAAAUGAAAUUAUAUCUGGAAAGUCAGGUUCAUGCUCGUGCUUUAGAAGUAUGGGAAAGCGAAGAAAAAAUAGAAGAAGAGUUAGAAAAACGAAAUGAAAAUAAAGAAAAAGCAAAACAGAAGAAAUAUGACAAGAAAAUGAAAGCAUUACGGAUGUCUGUGAGGAGUAGUCUAUGGAGAAAGGAAUCAGAUUCUCACGUGCACGAGUUUGGGGAGGAAGAAUUUGAGAAAGACGAAGAUGUCUACUCUAAGACGUGCAAAACUUGUGGCCAUAAAAUGACGUAUGAAAAAAUGUAGCCGUGCUUGGAAUGGAGUCAAUCUCAGUGUGUUAUUUUCUCAGGAAGUCCGGUACUGUUUCUGUCAGAGUCUACUACAAAAAGGUGAUUCCAAACUACGUCCCUAUUCAGCUAACCUCUAGCCUUCUGAGCGAGGAAUUUACUAGGACACGCCAGAUGUGGCUUCAACACCAUGUGCAGACAGACAAAUCAUAGGCCAGUCAGUAUGUGUAGCCGUAGACCUGCUGAAAUCAGUCUGACAAAAAGAAAAAAGAAGUUGACGUUACGAACACCAGAUUUGCAUUUUGAUAAGAGAUAUCUUACUUUCUUACUCCUUUAUAAUAUGUACAUUACCUAAGCUCUGUA